CUCGCUUCGGGUGCGAGAGGUCCCGGGUUCAAAUCCCGGACGAGCCCAAAGUUUUGAUUCCUCCCCCGCAAACUGACUGCUGUCCCGUGGACGUUCCAGCAGGCUGGCUGGGAGCUGGGAACCGCCCACACAACACACACAAAGAAACAAGCAGCACAGGCUUCAUUCAUAAACUAAAUCAUCUCUCAGCAUCAAGCAAUCGCUCUUCGGGAUAAUAGUUCAUUCAUUUGUUCUCUACAAGCCUGCUGCAGAGGCGUUGCCGGGGGUCCUCCAUGGUGCUGUGCGGCGAGGGCGACUGUGGCGUUUGCCUGCUGGCCUUCUCCCGGGCGGAGCGCGUCCCUCGGCUGCUGCACUGCCACCACACCUUCUGCCAGGCCUGCCUGGAGGCCAUGGCGGCGCCUUCGGCACCGGGAGGCCUCGGGUCGCCGCUGAGCGUGCGCUGCCCGCUGUGUCGCCGCGUCACGUGCGUGCGGCGGGGCCUCAGCCUCCGGGAAGCGCUGUGGGUGGACAGCGAGCGGUGGGAGCGCAUCCCAAGCGACAAGGAAGACGAAGACGAAGGCGGGACGAGAGACGACCAAGUCGAGGUGCCGCAGGCCUCGCUCCGAGCAGAAUGCAUUGCCUCCAGCAACAAGCUCAAGUUCCGCUCCUUCUUCCGCAAGUUUACGCUGACCAAGAGACCUCGAGAGAGGAUCGUGCCCAGCAGUAAUGUGGAAAUGAAAUCCUGGCGCAGGCUCUCCAGCGAAGAGACAUUAUGAACCCCCACCGACAUCACGUAUUUAUUCUGGGCUUAGUUCUCCCAGCUGCUGCUCUGGGAUUUAGUUCAACUGGGACUAAGAAUACACACUGGGACCACCUCCAGAACAGAUGGCCUCCCCCAAUGUUGCCGGAACACUAAAUAAACGCCAUAGCUUUUUCUAUUUAUGAUGGCAAAGUAGCUGUAGAGAGUAUUUACUUGUGUACGAUCGGUUCUGGUCGCAUCAUACACAGCUUUACAGGACAACAGACGCUUUCAAGACAUCAGACCUUUGUCCUGUGAAUGCCCUGAACGCUAAAUAAACUAUCCAUUUUUUUUUUUUUUUUUUUAAAUUUAUGACAACCAAAGUAGCUGUGAGAGUAACAAUUAUGUAUGUUCUGCUGUGGUAGCAUCAUAUGCGACUUUACCGGACCACAAUAGUUUGAAAGACACCAGUCCUCCUUUCUGUGAUGCUCUGAACGCAAAAUAAUCGAGAUCCAUUUUUAUUUAUGACAAAAACGUGGUGGUCUCUGCCUCACGAGUAGUCCUUGCUGUGGAUGACGUGAACGCAAAAUAAACAAUCCCUUUUUCAUUUAUGACGACCAAAUUAGCUGCGACAGUAUUGAAUUGUGGCUAUUCUGUUUUGUCAGCAACAUACGCAGAUUUACAA